AUGGGCAAGACCACAAAGUCGUCAAAGAAGCAGACUAAGUCAACGAAGAAGCCAGCACAUACCAGCAGGUCAUCUACGACCCCCACAACCGCAAGUCAGCAGCGCGCAACGUGGGCAGUUCUCGAAGAGAUUGACUUGCUGGAUACGUACUGUGAAGCACGUAAGGAUGCUUCCCUUACUACCGACAAAGGUCUCAAGACCUAA